UGGAUUACAAUAGUGUUUUAAAGGAUUACUUAGGAAGAAAAUAAAAUGAAUUAACUUUAGGGCGAGUUAAAUAGUUAUUUUGAUCCACUCUGCAUUAAGGGGACGCAUACUUUGAAAUUAGAAAAAAGUGGGUGGGGUAUGAUAAAAUUUACCUGCAAAAAAGUACAAGGUUUUUGUACAUGAAAUGGAUACUGUUUCAACUGUUAUAAGUACACAAAGGAUUGCUCACUAAAAUAAAAAUGAGAAAACUGAAACAAGAAAGUUAUUGUUGAAUUACAUAAGACUUAUUGUGUACAUUCAAAGUCAAUAAUUAAGACUUUUUGGUGCGAAAAUAAUAGUGCUUCACCUUGUCCAAACAUUUAUCAAUGUCCUACAGAUUCUAAUUUAAAGAAAGAAUGUGAAAUAUGGUCACUGUCUUGCUUUUCAUUUCGCAUAUGUAAGCUAAAACACAUUAUUUAGUUUGUUUACAAAGUAGUGCAUAAGAAAAGAUACGGUGGUCAAGGAAUGCCAUAUUCCAAAACUAAAAGAGUAUAUUCCCAUUAAUACAUUAAACAUUUAUCAUUACAGAAGUCUAGUGGCUUACAAUAAGGGCCUAGAAAUGUUGCCAUUAUUAAUUUUUAACUUGGUAUUCAUGAACUACAAUGCACUUAAAUAUCAAAACACAUUCAACAAACUUUUGAAAAUGUAUUGUCUUAAAAAUCCCUAAAAUAAGGUAUGAAAUUUGGUUGAGAGGUCCAAUCAAUGUGUAUAUGUGCAAAAGUAACAUUCUAAUCUUGUUCACAAAAGUUACUAAUACACAGCAAGCAUGUCAAUGAUCAAAACUGGACGAAUAUACAGUUAUUCUCACUUUAAUGUCAUUUAUAAUUUGUCCUUGAAUUCUCCACCAUACUUUUCAUAACUCUUUUGCACGAGUUGCACGAGAAUGCUGUCAUUCACGUAAAAAAUGGGGUCAAAUAAAUUGUAAAUGCAAUAUCAUCUAAACGUAAUUAAUGGAUUAUGCAGUUCAAGAUAAACUUUAUCUCAUAACGUAACGAACAUGUAUAAUGUUGUAACAACAACUUUACUUACACUGAUUUAAGUAGCAGUCGGUUUAUAAGUGACUUUAUUGAUUCAUUUUGUGUUAUGUUAUUGUUGUCAAAAAGUAUAACGGAAGUGCCUCACAACUGAAGCGGAAACCAGUUUGAUGCGCAAAGUAGUCCAAUAAGACAUGAUUACCGAGGAAGACGAAUAUUUUCUGAGAGCCUCCAUGUUGGUACUGAUAGGAGGGCGAUUGGUGUCAAAAGAAACUUUGUAUAAAGAACUACGAAAGGCCGGGGGAAAUCUUGAUGUACUCUUAAAACAACACGAAAGAACAUUCAAGCACAAAUUUGUAAAAAAACAGAGGAAGAAAUUGUUUCCAGCUGCUGGAGUAACCGACGUAGAAACAUGGGAUUUAGCCAUGCUUACAACGGUGUCACUGACGGUUUUUAAAAAGUCACUUAGAGACGACGAGAAAAAUGACUUAAAAUCUAUAAGAUGUAUGAGGGAUGAGAUUUACGCCCAUACUUAUUCUUCGUCGCUAAGUGCUGAUCAAUACAACGAAAUCCGAAAAGAAUUACAAAACGCACUCACUUCACUGUCGAAUGGGUUAAGCAAAAAGCUGAAAGACGACUGUUUUAAGAUCAUUCAGGAAUGCACAACUGGCCCUAUCAGCCCAUCUUUUCAAGAAGAAUUUACGAAACAAUUAGAAGAUACAGAACCCUCGUUUCAGAAUGAAGUGAACAAACUGAGAAACCAGAAUGAAUUUCUUAGCGAAAUGAAAAGAGACAUAAUGGACAAACUAAACAACUUAAGUUUGACUGAAGACCGAAGUGAAAAGAUUAUAAAAGUGAUAGAUAAUGAGGUGACUUUGAGUGGAGCUGUAAAUGAAAGCAAGGGGAUAGACUUUGUUGAAAGAAUCAUCACAACAGUUAUUAAUAAAGCAAUAAAGAAAGUCGGAAACGAAAAUGACUGUCAGAGAAUUCGCAGCGUUGUUGACAACAUUCUUUUAGACAUUGAAAAUAUGCCUGAUGGGGAAAUACUACCAGCAGAACACAAGAGCAUCCUUCAUCCAACUUAUAUAGACUCUGAUGUUGCGAAGGGAGAGUCUAAUGAUAGCACGUAUCAGUAUCCUAAUGAUGGAAUGUCUGUAGCCUGCGGUGGUAGCCCUGGAGAUCCAAGCGAUAGCGAGGGAUCAGACAGUGAAGACGAUUCUAAGAAGGAUCGUGCACAAGAUGACAGAGAUGAAAAUGACCCCAAAAUAGAUGGAAAAAAGGAAUGUAAUAUUUCUGACUGGAGGAUAGAUACAGAAGUUUGGAAAAAAUGCAUUGAUAAGAAAAAUGUACAAGAGGCAAAUCGUUUACUGAAUGAAAGAAUUCUACCUGGUCAGGAUUUGCUAGAUCGUGGUUCAGACGUAUUUGGUAUUUCUUCGAAAAUCGUGCAGAACAUAUGCACUGCUAUUUGCUGUUACAUGAAAGAAAGCUUUCUUCAUAUUAACCACGUCUACCCUGCGCUUGACUACAGACACGAGUUAAGCAACAAACAAAUCACAUUUGUUAUCUACAGAGCACGUCCACAUGAGAAUGAAACGACUGAAUAUCGUUAUUAUCGGUAUUACAUAAGGCAUGUUAAUGAAAUAUCAACGCCUUGUUCUGAAGAAAAUACACAUAUUAGAGAACUUGAACAAGACUUUCCCAAAGACUAUUCCAAAACAGAGGAAAUUGUAGAAUGCUUAAACAAAAAUUCAAAAUCCCUUAUGGAACAGCACACAAAUCUGACUAGAGUUUCUAUCAGCUGGUUUAAAUCAAAAGGAUUUGGAACAAAACAUCAGAAUAUAACACAGAAGACUUGCAUCGUUUUGUAUGUGCAGGUAAAAGGGUUUGUUCCCUUAAAUGAGACCGCUUUACCGGAAGUAAUAGAUGGAAUUGAUGUUGAUGUACGUGAAUGCGUUGUCUUGCCGUACACAUUUCCUAACGAACACCAUGAGCAUAUUAAAAUGGGUUGCGCUAUACAUGGCGGAUUGAGGAACGCAGAAGGGCGAGUUCUUGGGGGAACGCUUGGCGGGUUCUUUGAAGUAGAUAGGGAGAUGUAUUGCUUAACAAGCGCUCAUACUUUUAUGUCUCCAGCAGACAUGGGUAAAUUGAAAGAGUGUGGGAAAUUCUGUGACCUAGGCCUAGGAAACGAUAUUGAAACGUUUGAAGCUCACCAACCAGUUGUAGAAGGAUCAAGAUCGUUUGGUACAGGGGUGCGUGCUGUUUAUAAAGAAGGUGGCAAUGGCGAAACUGGAGUAGAGGCAGUGGUAAUUAAAGUACAGGACAGAUUUCCCGUUUCUGGAGAGUUUCCGGCAUGUCCACGUCGUAGAAAUCCAGGAAUCGACCGUCCAAAAUUUUCGACUGGAAAAAUAUGUAAUCGAGAAGAAGUUAAUAGAUUAAUAAGAAGUAAAACACUUACAGUUGUAAAAUUUGGUUGCUCAUCCGGUUGGACAAGAGGAAGUUUUCGAUUUUCUGCUGGAGCGGCAAGAUUGAGCAAUAUGGUAGGAUCGAUUCAUAGUUUUGGAAUUUUAUUACAUAAUCAAUUCGAGAUAGAGAAUAUUGGAGAAACACAAUUCGCCGAAUUUGGGGACUCUGGUGCAUUAGUGUUUACUGAUGAAAACAAUGAGCUUUCAGUUACAGGUAUUGUUGAAGGUGGAACACCGGGCGUUAAAUAUGUGACACCAAUUUGUGACGUAUUUUCAGCUUUGGAAUUGCAAAAUGUACAAAGCACGAAGGAAUUCACAUUGCAUUACCAAGGCAUACAAAACAUACCAAUGGAAAUUACAUCAGACUCGUACUCAUCACGGACUAUAACAGAUAGAAGUGAUUCAGGAAUAUCGACGAACGACGAGGCUGUUCUUCAGCAUAUCGACGAGAAAUUUAAGACAUUUGAUCAGGAAAUAACACAAGAGGUCGCCAGGCAGGUACAUGAAAUUAAGGAAAAUAUGAACACAACAGUCAAUCAAGAGUUAAGUCCUGUAAAAUCUGAAUUAAGCACUCUAAAGUCAGAAGUAACUGUUCUUAAAGCCGAUAUCACAAAUGUUAAGUCGGAAGUAGAAAGAACGAAGUCAGAAUUGAAACAGGAUAUAGAGAAAUCAAACACCGAAAUUCAGAGCAAAAUGAAUGUUAUGCAAGAACAAUUUACAGCACAAACUAAUUCCAUAAAGAACAUGUUAUCCGAAUUUAUUCGCUCAAAUAAUGCGGCAAAUGCUUCAAAUACCAAUACUACAUAAAAUAUGCUUUUCAUUUUCACUGGCAGAUUGAAUAUUCCCUAUUUUGCUAUACACGGAGAUACGUUAAAAUGUUUUUUUUUCUUAUAUUUCUUUUUGAAGUUAGAUUUAUUUCAACAAGAUAACGUUAAACGGUUAUGUGAUAUUUCUAAUGUUUCAUUUUCGUCAUGCAAUAUAAUUUAUAGAAUGACCUAAAAUGAAAAUAAAGUUUCCUUUUAAAAAGGAAUAGCUUGGCUAGUAGAGGUGUAGUAGCAAGCUGACAUGUUUUAUUAAAAUACCCCUUUAGUUAAACAUUAAUAGGUUCGGCCAAAACGUUAGCGCAGAUGUUGGCGGCAGAUUUUCCUUUGAGAUACCCAUUUGGCAGAUUAUAUUAUAUCAGGGGUGUGCUUCAAGUACUACGACAGGUAUAAAUGUCCAUAAAUUCUUUACAAUAGUAACUAAAAUAACAGAAAUAUGUAAAGUCAGAAAUGAAACGAUCUUCAUUUUCAAUAAAAUCUUGAUAUAUGUAUUUGAUUUAUUUACAAUUUGUUUAUCAUAUUAUUGUUUGUGAAUUAAUAAUAGACUGUCAUAAAACUCAAAAGCCCAUUAGCUUGUAGGUGUGACAAUCAGUAGACUACUUGGAUAUAUUCUGCUUCCAUAGACAUGAAUACAUUUUGGGAGGCAAAAUAACCGAAAAAAUAUAAAAGGGUUCAUGCAAAUAGAUCAAGUUACUGAGAAUUUAGUAAUAUUAGCCUCGUCCGAAAAAUAAGGAAACAGUCAAAAGGACAGCUCAUUGACAUUACACCCAAAAUUCAGUGAUAAUAAGCAUUACCAUAGACUGGUUUGAUCUUGAAACGUCAGGUUUACACUAAAAGUAAUGUUUAUGGUAUCUGACCAUCCGCUUGUUCAAAUGAAUUUUCUGUCAUUCUAUUAAUUUCAUUUUUGUUGUAAUUUUCUCCUAAAACAUAGAGUUAUAUAAAUAGGCUUUCAAUUUUCUUAAUAAUGAUAUUUUUAUGAAUAGAAAUAUGUGCUAAAAAUAGGAGGUAUCUAGAAUUGUUGCUUUUUAAAGUAUCAGGGUGUAUGUCAUGUUGUAUGUAGUUUUUAAAAUAUCUCGGUGUAUGUCAUGUUGUAUGCAGAUAAUGAUAACUCCAGCGAUUAAAAAAUGUUACAAACAAAUGUAGAUCAGCAUAAUGUAUAAUAUAACAAAUGAAGGGGUCCGUGCAAAAAGGUACCUAUCUCCAUUUUUGGUCAAAUCUCAAUUUUUGGUCAAAAUGGAGUUAGGUUAUUUGUAGCAUAAAAAAGAACAAUCCGCACCUGAUUAACUUCACGUAUGCAACAUUGGGUCUAACUCUACAAUGAGCUGACAUCAAAGAGUUCAGGGCUUUGACGGCUGUUUCGGAUAAUAAAAAGAACACAAGCCUAAUGUAAAUAGUCUAUAUCAAUAAUUUUAAAAGUCAUCAGGUAUAUGAAAUUGAUAUAUUUCAUUGAUAUAUUUAGGCAAAAAUGAUUCGCAAAUCAUGGUUUAAAUGUAACAAUGGUCCUAACUCCAUGGAUUUAGAACCUUUGUUGCAUAACUCCAUGGACUAAGAACCCUGGUUGGAUAAAGAUAAUCGGCAAAAACAAGAGUUUUUGUUAUAAAAAUGAUAUACAUAGUGCAAAAUACACGAAACUUUGUAAUAAGACUGUUUAAAAUAGUAUACAAUCUAUAGCUGCAAUUAUUUUGGGAAAUAUCACAUUUAACCGAAACUUUACAAAAAUGCGUUUUCCCAACAUUUUUACUAAAUGGAGAUAGGUACCUUUAUGCACGGACCCCUUCAAAUGCAAAAAAAUGAAUACCAAUGCAUCUUAAAAAGGAUCGAUGCUUGCAUAUCUUUUUUCCCGACAAAAACUAGCAGUUCAACACAUGAACUAUUUACCAUAGAUAGUUUUGUUUUAAUCUAAGUUUAGAUACUUAUACUUGCAUAUCAGAAUAAUAUUGAUUCAAACAUUAAAUUGGUAAAUUAAACAUGAGUAACUUUUAACAAUACCUAAGAUAAUCAUGCAUACUCUCUGAUUUUCACAAAAAGAGAUAUUUAUUUUGCAACUACCAUUAUCCGUGUGUGCAAGUGUAAGUACAUCUGUAUGUUUAUGCGAGCUCGGACAAUCGCGCACCGCCGAUAACUUUGUCGAGAAUGUUAAAAUAACAUGGCACAGUUGAUAAACCAAAAUAAGUCAACAUGUGGCGUUAUGACCAAGCACUACGUGCCCAAAUGUUGAUGUCACGCUUAGAGGUCAAACAUUCGUAAAUAUCAUGGCCAUUUUUUCUACCGGUAAAUAGUUGUAAAUUUAUACAUCUCACAAUAACAGCUGGUCCAAAUUUGAAACAAUACCACAGGAAUGACUUUGUGUGACCCUCUAAUAAAAUUGUUCAUUUUUUAUCAGAAACUGCUGUCCCGAUGAUGUUGACCAUUCGCUAAGACUGUUCCAGUUAUUCCGACUCUUUAAAAGAAAAUGACCCCCAGUGCUAAAAAAUUUACUGAGCAGUUGGUUAGACUUUGACUUUCCCUAUUGUACAUUCAUCCUGACAUUUUUCCACUUUCCUUAACAUUACCAAUUUUUGUAUUUUGGAUAUGAUUAAAUAUUCUUGUUGUUGGAUUUUUCAAGCAAUCCGUCUGCUACAUUUUCCCCAUUACAGUUCUUUUUGUUGCAGGCCUACUUUGCGAUGCAUGGCUCUAUGGCUGUGUUUGGGGUUCUCUGUGCAUUAUUUUUUAAAUUAUUUCAAAUAAAUGUUUCUAGGUUAAUUAUCUACCAAGAGCGUCAAUAAUAUUUGGAUUUGUCAAACAUUUCCGCCAAGGCUAAAAUAGAAAAAAUAGAAAAAUCUUCAAAGGCAAUCUCGUCCUAAACUAGUGACCUGAUUUAAUUAAUCUCGUCCUAAACUAGUGACCUGAUUUAAUUAUGAUUUCACCCAAAUGUUACAUUGGUUGGCUGCAUGUAAUGAGCUGGUUAUAAGAAGCCACUAACUGAUUUAAGUAAAUGUUGGUAAACAGAAGAGGCAUAAUUUUUCUGUUUCGUUUUCGUAGAAAUGGGUAAUACAAAUGAAUCGCUCUACCUGUUUUGCCUGUCUGCAUGACCUAGAUGAACUGUUAAAAAACACUUUUUGUCGAUCCCGCUUGCGGAAGCGGAGACAUAGUUGUCCAAAUGGCUGUUCGGUGUAUGUGCGUGAGUGCGUGCGUGCCGUGCGUGCGUCCGUCCGGAUUUGUUUGUCCGGACCAUAACUUUGACAUGCAUGGAGCAAUCUUGUUUAUAUUUGGCAUGAAUGUUAACCUCAGUGAGACGGAGUGUCGUGCGCAAACCCCGGAUUCCUAUCUCAAAGGUCAAGGUCACACUUAGAGGUCAAAGGUCAAAUUCAAUAACUACUUUGUCCGGAGCAUUGCUUCUUCAUGCACGGAGGGAUUUUGAUGUUACUUGGCACAAUUGUUCACCAUCAUGAGACGGAGUGUCAUGCACAAGAAUCAGUCCCUAGGUCUAAGGUCAAGGUCACACCUAGAGGUCAAAGGAUACAAGAAUGACAACUUUGUCCGGAGCAUUUCUUCUUCAUGCAUGGAGGGAUUUUGAUGUAACUUGGCACAAAUGUUCACCACCAUGAGAUGGAGUGUCAUGCGCAAGAACCAGGUUCUUAGGUCUAAGGUCAAGGUCACACUUAGAGGUCAAAGGUCAGAUACAAGAAUGACUUUGUCCGUAGCAUUUCUUUUUCUAAUGCAUAGAGGGAUUUUGAUGUAACUUGCCACAAUUGUUCACCAUCAUGAGACGGAGUGUCAUGCGCAAGAAACUAGAAUUACUUCCCUUUGUUGUUACUAUAAAUAGCUUAUAUUGUAACUUUUUUAUUACUGGUCGUAGGGAAAAAUCAGGACCACUUUUCUGUAGUACAACAUGCAUGUUACAUCCAGUUUUCAGGUGUAUUUUGACCUAUAUGUACUGGUAAGGAUUUUUGUGUGGACUUAUAAAUUUCUUUUUUAUUUCUUUUUUUUAAGAUUUACUUCCCUUUGUUGUUACUACAAAUAACUUAUAUUGGAACUUUUUGCAAUCUUUUUUGUACCCCCCGACAACAAAGUGGUAAGGGGGGGGGGGGGAUAUACUGGUUUCAGGUUGUCUGUCUGUCUGUCUGUCCGUCCGUCCGUCCGUCCGUCCGUCUGUCCGUAGACAGAAUUUUGUGCGCACCAUCUCUCCUCAUCCCCUUGACACAAUUUAAUGAAACUUCACACAAGUGAUCAGUAACAACAGUAGUUGUGCAUGGGGCAUGUUAGGUUCUUUCAGAAAAAAAAAAUUGCAGAGUUACGGGACUUUGUUUUUUGUUACUAUACUAUAUACAUAGACACAAUCUUGUGCGCACCAUCUCUCCUCAUCCCCUUGACACAAUUUAAUGAAACUUCACACAAGUGAUCAGUAACAACAGUAGUUGUGCAUGGGGCAUGUUUGGUUCUUUCAGAAUUUAUUUUUGCAGAGUUACGGGACUUCGUUUUUUUGUUACUGUACUAUAUACAUAGACACAAUCUUGUGCGCACCAUCUCUCUUCAUCCCCUUGACACAGUUUAAUGAAACUUCACACAAGUGAUCAGUAACAACAGUAGUUGUGCAUGGGGCAUGUUAGGUUCUUUCAACAACAAAAAUUGCAGAGUUUUGGGACUUUGUUUCUUGUUAACAUACUAUGUACAUAUAGUCUGCAUAUGCAAUCUUGUGCGUGCCUAAUCUUCCAAACCCUUGCACACAAAUUAAUGAAACUUCACACAAGUGAUCAGUACCAACCCUAGUUGUGCAUGGUGCAUGCUACGUUCUUUUAGAUAAAUAUUCUGCAUAUUUAUGGGACUUUGUUUUUUGUUACUAUACCGUAUACAUACAGUCUAUAUACAUAAAGUCCACAUAAUUAUGCAAUCUUGUGUGCAUCAAAUUGCAAUGAACUGUGUCAGUACAUGCGGGGGUACAUUCAUCACAUUUAGUGAUAGCUCUAGUUUUAUUUGGCAUAAAUGUUUGCCUCAAUGAGACAGAGUGUCGUGUGCAACUCCCAGUCCUUUUGACAGCUGACGGGCUCGACAUGUUGCCCGUGGGCAUCUAGUUUUUCUAAAUUAUGUGAAUGUCCAAUGCGAACAUGACUAGAAUAAGCAAAUAAUUACAAUUUUGCGAAGUGUAUAUACUGUUACUCCUAGCUCUAUUUUUGUAUGCGUUUUUAUAAAAUAAUUAAAAUUUUGAAAUUAUAUAUGUAUUGUAAAUAUAUAUAGGAAGAGUUUUCCCUCUGAGACAGUUUGUAUGUUGAUAUUCUACAGUCAUACACAUAUAUUUUUGAAUAUGCGACAUUUAUUGUAUUCUCUUCCUUGUAAUAAGUUAAGAAUAGAAUACAUUACAUGAAUUGAUAAAAAACAUAUCAUAUGUAUAUGGCUUCCCACUUAUUCUUGAAGUUUGAUACUUAGUUAAUAUUCUACAGUAAUAUACGAACUGUUGAACACGUGACAUUCUAUAUUUCCUCAGCUUUAAUGAAUGAGUUAAUAGUUAAUACAUUACAUGGUUUAAAUUGCUACUGUAAUUGUGUAAAUACAUGAUUCUAUAGCAUUUUAUUUCAUUUGUAUGUUGUAUGAACAUGUAUGUUAAAUGUGCUCUUCAGUUUGGAGGAAAUAAAGAUAUAUAUCUACCAUUUGUCAAAAACAUGGCUGUAAGGGCUAAAAAUAGAAACAGUCUUGAAACUUUAUGCUCCUUAGUAUGGUGGCUAAUUUCUGCCAUUUCGCGUUUUUGCUCUGCGACUCCGCCUAGCGAAAACACGAGAAUUAGCCAGUUAAAAUGGCGGGGACGAGGGGCGAAAACUCGCUAUUUAGCGAGGCGAAAACACAAAAACACGAUAAUUAGCGGGGUCACGGGACGAAAAGUCGACAUUUAGUAGCUAAUGACUGUGCGCGGUGUGAAAACUCAAUGUUUGAAGAGCACAGAUUAUCGUGUUUUCGCCCCGUGCCAUCGCCAGUUCAGAUAAUAAAUCUCGACUUUUCGCCUCGCGACCCCGACAAUAAGCGAGUUUUCGCCCCGUGACCCCGCCAUUGUAAUGCUUUAAUUUUACAUGUUUAAGCAGCGCAAAUUUUCGUGCUUUCGCCUCGCGUCCCUGCCAUAUUAACCAUUUUAAUCCUCGUGGUUUUGCUCGGCGGCACGUAACACGUUAUUGCAUUUACGUAGUACGUACAAAAUAAAAAUGCAAAAGGUAGAGAAGUAAUACGGUGGGAUCGCAGGAUGACAACCCGCUUAUUAGCGAAGUCGUGAGGCGAAAAGGCGAAAUUUAAGCAUUACAAUGGCUGGUGCUCGGGGCGAAAAGUCGAGAUUUACUAACUAUCCGACAAAUUGAAUACACAAGCUUGUAAACCCUUACAUAUUCUAAUUCUUAUACCAGAAGACGAAAACUCGCUAUUAAGCGGGCCCAGGGCGAAAUGUCGACAUUUAAGACUUACAAUGGCGGGGCGCGGAGCGAAAACUCACUAUUUAG